AUUAGGUGCGGCCAUGUUGAUCUGUAGCAAAUAAAAUAGAGUUAUUUUGCUUUUAGGGAAUUAAAUUUGACACAAUAUGCCCAAAUGCGACCUCAAGACGAGAUAUAUUCCUGCGACGUUCGCCUGGACAUUAUUGUUGGGAACCACAUCCCUGUUUUUUUAUUUUCCCUGCCAAUUCUACCUCCAGACGCAUUCAUGGGUUCCCGCAUGCCAAGGUGUCAUAACGUUUUUUGUUUUGGCCAAUUUCACGCUGGCCACUUUCAUGGACCCGGGGGUUAUACCAAAAGCUCCACCUGACGAGGACCGAGAGGACGACUACAGAGCCCCUCUGUACCGUAGCGUCGAGAUAAACGGUAUAACGGUGCGAAUGAAGUGGUGCGUCACUUGCAAGUUCUACAGGCCGCCUCGUUGCUCGCACUGCUCCGUGUGCAAUCACUGUAUAGAGACAUUCGAUCACCACUGCCCGUGGGUGAAUAACUGUAUAGGUCGUCGUAAUUAUAGAUUUUUUUUCUUCUUCCUCAUAUCUCUGUCGAUACACAUGCUGAGCAUAUUUGGUCUCAGUUUGUAUUUCAUUAUGAAGCACAAGAACUUAACGCAGGUCGAGCCUAUUGUGUCAAUGGUGAUAAUGGGUGUGAUAGCUUUAUUAGCCAUACCGAUAUUUGGUCUGACGGGAUUCCACAUGGUGCUCGUGUCCCGUGGUCGGACCACCAACGAACAGGUCACCGGAAAGUUCACCGGCGGCUACAAUCCAUUCUCGAAGGGAUGCUGGAAUAAUUGCUGUUACACGCAGUUCGGACCUCAGUAUCCGAGUCUAGUCCGACCGUCAAAAUAUAUAUACAAGAGCGGCAAGAAACGUCGGGAAGCGUUACCGCCGGGCGCUCACUCGGCCUCCGCAAUAUCGACGAUAGCGACCGACACGCAACACCAGGUAAAAACGUACACGGCCGACAAUGGAAACGCUCACCGGCCGCAGGGACCUCACGCGCAUUACAACAAGCUAUCGCCCGGCGGCGAGGAGCACGAGGGUGAGAUGGAUGGGCCCCGCGCGUCCCAGAGCGCGGACUGCGAGCCCACGCCACCUCCGAUACAGCGACGGGGCUCCGCGGCCAAUCUGUUCCCGCCGGCUGAACCGCAUCACCAUCUGCCGCCACGUCCGCUACAUUAUCCGCGUUUAAGUCCACUAUCGAGGAACACAAGCCACGGCACGACCACGUCAGGGUACCGGGUCGUGAUGGAGCCGCUUCGGUACGAUUCAGGGUCGAACGGAGGAGCUCGACCCUCGCCCACGAUGCAGCAGAGGAUCAAAGCUCUAGGCGUGCCCACGCCCUUAGCGGUCAGCCCUGUGAGGAGGCCGGACGAUAACGAUAGCGAGGGCUCCGACGAGCUCGCGCGAUUAUACCCCUGACCUGAGCGCCGCGCCCGACAGGUCCAACCCGGGCACGCCGACGCAGCCCCGCCGCCCCGACUUCAUCGGCGUGGGGCGCGGCUCCCCGCAGCGCCGCUUCCUCUCCGAGGGCGAGCUGCUGCGGGAGCCGGCCGAGGA